AUGACUGACCGUCACGUCUUUACGAGUAAAAAUAACUAUGCGAGACUUGAAGAAAUCCUUGAAUCUAGAGUAGCUGAUGAAAAUGAUGAUGUGCAGUACGACGUCUUUUUAUUGCCACCAGAUCCAGCUAUUGUUAUUGAUGAAGAAGAAGAAGGUAAUGAAGAUGACUUGUCUUCUUUUCCGAGAGACGUACCGGGUACAGUUGAGGUAGCCCCACUGCAUCCUGAUCAUGAUAUUUCGGACUGA